AUGGACGUAGUUAGCAGACUUGCUGUUGAAACGCCGCAUAUUCUGGAGAAGAUCCUCAAUUUCCUCGAUGACAAAACGAUUGAAUCAAUGUCGGAGAUACACGAAUGGGACUUCAUCGACUACCCCUGGCCAUCCCUUUGGCAGAAACGACUGCUGAAGAAAGAAGAGCUGCCUUUGAUUAUGAAGGACGAGUUCGAACGAAUCGCUCACAAGCAGAUGUGUCUCUCGGACUACGUCGUCGCCAAGAGUAUUUGCUCUUAUAUCAAAUUGAAGAAGCCCAAAGUAAGACAUUUCUACCGAAACGAACUUCCGAAGCUAGUUUACCAAAGUCCCGACUAUCCCGAGCUCGUAGCAGUCAGCGACGAUUUUAAACUGUGUCUUUUGGACAGAAGAACGCUAGAAAAGGUCCAUCAAUGCGAGGAGGCUGAAUUCGUGGAUAUCGACUUUACGAUGAGGAUUUUCGAAUUUAUUAUCUCGGCGAAACUUAUCGACGAAUCUAGACGGAUUCACUUUAAAAUCUUCACAAUUGAGAAUCGCGAAAUCAAGAAAAUUCCAGAUUGCGAUUUCUUCCUGCGAAACCAUUUUGGCAAGCGGCUGAUUAUCGAUGAUAGUACAGUAGCGAGCUACAACGGAAACCUCAUCUACCUCUUUCCCAACCACUCGAUGAUCGAGUCGGUCGUCGAACGCGAAUCCACAGAACUCAACGAUCUCUACCAAACGUUCGUUUUCAGCAAAAAUGGCGGCGGCCGAGUUUUCUUCGACGAGAAAGUCCGCGUCGAUACUGUCCCCUUCUCCUACUGUGUCUUUGGAAAGUACUGCUUUCUGGAGCACACGAGUCACAUGAACCACAAUCUCCGAGUUAAAACAUCUGCUUUUGAGCUUUCCGACGAUGGAAGCGAAUGGAAACAGCUGGAUCUAUCCUCUUUCGAUGACUACUUCCGCGUGAGUCCAAUUUCGAUCGCUCCGCAAAUGUACGAAGACGAAAGCGUUCUCUUCCACAGAACCGAGAAGGGAGUAGUCAGCAUCGAUCUCUUCGAUUUCCAGAAGAAGACGAAAACGACGCUUUUGAAAUACAAAGCCGAGGAAGACUUCCGCGUGGCCUACUUGAGCGGGAGAUACUUGGUCGCUCACGUCGCCAACUGGUUCUACGUCCCGCAGAGCAAGCUCAAAAUCUGGAGCGUCGACGAGCUCCUCGAGAAAAAACAAAGCCCGAACCACUACAGCCCGCACUACGAAGCACACGUCGCGCACAGCAUCUUUUCCGAGUGCAGCGUCAUCGCCGGCGACACCGGUUUUUUGGUUAGAAAUACGGCGCCAAUAGAUUUGUCUUUCGUCGAGUUCUACGAUUUUGUCGGCCCUGCCCUAGAUGUUUCAGCGCUUAUCGGAGAAGCUGCUUCAUGA